AUGGAAGGAUCACCAAAAAACGACAUUUAUUUUUGCCUUAUGCGAGUGUUUUGCUCGCAAACACUGCGUGCAGCUGGUCUUGAUCGUACGAAGUUGUCGCUGUUGGAUUCAUUUACAGAUGUAAUGAUCCGUUACAUCCAACUGCUUUCGGAAACUACAAUGACAGAAGCAGAAUUGAGUAGGAAAAAAGACUGCGACCUGCAAGACUUUCGCCUGGCUCUCGAAGAAGUGGGUUUACUCGAUGGUACAGAAGAGGAUGUGAAAGAGUUUAUCGAAUGGUACCAUGGUCCUCAAAUGGAUGAACUACGACGUGUAGCCGGAUUCCAGCCAGCUGCAGAGACACAGACGAAGCCUAAGGAUUGGUUGACGAACCUUGUGCAGAAACAAGUGCGUGUUAGCGGCCCCGAGCGUUUUCAAGAUACAAUGUUCUCCUCUGCAGUCCAAAACAAUCCUUCACAUCCUACAUAA